CUGAACGAAAGAACAUAAAUUGGAGUUCCUCUGUCGAGAAAUCGAUCCAAUCUGCAUUAUCCAUAACCCAUUAGCAUAAAAUGAGAGUAGAUAAGUCCUUUUAUGUUAAUAACUACGUCAAGUUGGCGUGGAUGGUUCUUUCCGAUAGCCAUGGGAACAACUGCAAAAAGUCUUUGAGGAAGUUCCACGAGUUCAACAACAAGUACGGAACUUUUAUCAACCAGCUCAUCUACAAUUCGCAGUUGAGUCCUACCAAUCUUGUCAUCAGCAUCUAUUACCUUAAUCGCUACUAUCACCAUAACGACGUGCUAAAUUUAGAACAGAACGACGAAGAAGACGGUGACAACAUGACUGUCUACUUGAUAAUCAUGUCGCUCAUCCUCUCCAACAAGUCUUUCGAUGAUCAGUCUUACACUUUGAAAACUUGGUUGACUAUCAUCUCCAGUACCAUUUCCAACACUAACCAAAGUGAAGACUUGGUUAGGGUUGACUUGCCAUUAUUGAACUACUUGGAAAGCUACUUCUUGAGCUGUCUCAACUACAAGUUGUCAUUCAACAACCUUGCUGUGGACUCUGGAUUCUGGCUGAAGUUGACAAACUCUUCCAUGUUCAAGUUGCUGAGAGCAAUUAUUCAGAAUUUGAAGUCGUUGGUCCAGGAGGAAGACCUUAGUUGGUCACCUUCCAGUCCUACUUCCAACUACAACGCGACUCCCAUCUCAACUCCUGUUGAUGAGAAGAUUUCUAUACUUUCUACAGUUUCGGCUCCUUUGGUUGUUCCAACGUCUGCUACCUUUAGAUUUAAGCCAGUUGACUACAGAACUCCAUCGUUGUCCAGCUUUAGUUCUCCAAGCUUCACGAAGGCUCCUACCGCAUGCAGCUCCAACAGAAUGAGCAAGGGUAUAUACUCUCCUUUGACACCUUUGACUCCAUACAGCGACGAACAGAACUACUAUGCUUCUUCUAUCAAGAGAAGAAAGCUCAACCAACUCGGAAGCUGCCAGAGCUGGGUGCAACAGCAGCAACAGCAACUUCAGCAGCAGCAUCUUCAACGCCAACAACAGCAUAUUCUUUUGGCUGGCCAGGAAAAUCCGCUUGCUCUUCCAGCUGUGCCAUUGUUCUUCAACGCCCAGCUUCCAUACGCUGCCAACCAGUUCAACCAGACCGCUCCCUACAAUCUUCAGCAGAACAUCUUCUGGUCCUGA